AUGUUGGGUUUGGUCUCUGAGCCUUUAUCUGGGUUUAGUCCAACCCCACCUUUAAACGAACCACCAAAUGCAAAGAGAAGAAAUGCUAGGGCUAUAUUAGCGUCUGGCAUUCAGGACGAGAACGACGAAGGAAGGGGCUAUGAUCGAAGGUCUACACUCGAGGGAGCUUCGAAGGAAGAGACAGUAAUGAGUGGAGAGUUGGACGAGAACAACGAAGGAAGGGGCUAUGAUCGAAGGUCUACACUCGAGGGAGCUUCGAAGGAAGAGACAGUAAUGAGUGGAGAUCCAACCACACCUUUAAACGAACCACCAAAUGCAAAGAGAAGAAAUGCUAGGGCUAUAUCAGCGUCUGGCAUUCAGGACGAGAACAACGAAGGAAGGGGCUAUGAUCGAAGGUCUACACUCGAGGGAGCUUCGAAGGAAGAGACAGUAAUGAGUGGAGAGGUUCGAGAUGAUUUUGAUUUCAAUAGAGAAUAUGAGGCAUAUGGCCUUCAGGAAAGUUCGAUAAUGGAGCCGGAAGAGGGUUAUGUUGAUAUGGAGGAGAUUGAAUUGCACUCAGAAGAGGAUGAUAAUACAUAUAGCCAAGAAUAUGGGGCAUAUGGCCUUCAGGAAAGUUUGAUAAUGGAGCCGGAAGAGGGCUAUGUUGAUAUGGAGGAGAUUGAAUUGCACUCAGAAGAGGAUGAUAAUACAUAUAGCCGGUAG